UGUUCAGAUUUUCAAAAAGAGUCUAUGAAGUACAUAUAAUCUUUAGGUCAUCUGCACAGCGCAUCAGAAACCUCUCAUAAACCCCAAAAAUGGCAGCUCUUCAAUUGCGUCGUUUCCGUCAAAUCUCUCACUUUCUCCCCUAUUAUUUCCCAGGUUAUAUAUAUGGAUCGUCAAGGCGAAACAACGGCUUAUACGCUCUCCCUGAUACAUUUCACAGUGUAUCAUGUCCACACAUUGCUGACGUUGCUAAAGAGAAUUGUUUCCAUUCGCGGAGGUUUUCAACUUUAUCUCGGAAAAAGCACAAGUCUCUUAAUGAAGAUGGUUUUUUAUCAUUCAUUGCUUCUAGUUUAGACAAGGUUGAAGGCCCUUCCCAUCACUGGUUGAACAAAUCUGAAGAUAGCAAGGAGAUACUUAAAAGAGAUGGAGUUUUUUUAGUUCUUGCUGGUGCAUUUUUGGAGGAACCAAGCAAUGAAUCUGUGAUCAUGAUUAAAAAUGUAAAAGCACUUCACCAGAGGUAUCCUACAGUUCAUGUUAUGGGUUUUCAGUCCUGCAAGUCCAUUUUUUCUGAUGCUUUUAUUGUGCCACUACUCCAGAGCAUGAUGAGAGAAUUCAUUACAUUUCCCAUUCUACUGUCAACUAAUAACUUCCCGGAGGUGUUAAAAGGGGCAUGCUACAUAAUAUGUGAAGGUUUCAAACGCCCUCAGAUCUUUUAUGAGAAGGAUGUAGAUAUUGGAUUUAUUGAUAAAGUCAUCAAGGAAUUAAAUUUGCAACAACACAAUGAUAAGUCUGUUAAUAAAUUGCAAAGCAGUUGGGUAAAGCCAAUUCACGUCAUCCCAGAACCAUAUUGUUGCUCUUCUUUGCAGAACUUAUUUCUCUACUUCCCAGGCUGCAUUGCAGUUGAUGAAAGCAAUGAGCGAUUGUUUCUUUCAGACAGCAAUCAUCAUCGCAUCAUUGUAUCAAAUGGAAGUGGAGAAAUUUUAGAAAGUAUAGGGGCUUCUCCCGGUUUUGAGGAUGGCGAGUUUCAGUCGGCCAAGUUAACAAGGCCAGCAGCUUCGUUCUAUCAUUCUGCCGAGAAUUGCUUAUAUUUUGUAGACUCAGAGAACCAUGCCAUCCGGAGAGCUGACAUGGAGAGAAGGGUUGUGGAAACAUUGCACCCGACAUGCAACAUUAACAACAAAGGACACAGUUUAUGGAGCUGGUUUGUUGACAAGUUUUGGCCUAGAAAUGAUGCUGUCACAAAAUCUGAUACUUACGAUUCAGAAACCUUUUUGUAUCCUUGGCACAUGAUGAAAUCUGUUGAUAACGAUCUCUAUGUUUUUACUCGCAGCUUGCAAACUCUAUGGAUUAUGGAUCUGGCUUCUGGGGCUAUCAAAGAUGUUGUCAGAGGAUUUCCAAAAAUAUGGGAGAUAUGUGGACCGAUGAUCCAAGAGAAGUCAGCCCUCUUGAAUAAGAUGCCAUUAGAAUGGUUGCAGCAGCAGGUUGGACCUAACUGUCCACUAGAGGGUGUUCAAUAUGCGAGUCUAAUGUCGUCAGUGGCCACAUUUCAGGACCAUGUAGUUGUCUGUGAUACAGUUGGUCAGCGACUGUUAAAACUUGAUAAGACAUCUGGAUCAGUUUCAAACUUCCAGUUCUCAAAUUUUGGAAUUCUUGGACGACCUUACUGGUGUUUAUAUUCUCUGGAGAGAGUUUAUGCUCUCGGUGAUGCACAGUCUUCUUGUCGAAUUGAUCAUAUGCAACAGUUCAGCCUCUUGCCUGGUAGAAUUGACAUUCAAUUGAUUGUCGAUAUUCCAGAAGAUACUGUUCUUGUAGAGCCCAUAAAAGAAGAUUAUGUAUGGUUCCAAGCCAGAGGGACUGCUACUGUAGUACCGGAGGCAAAGAAAAAGGAAGAAUCUUUGGAGAAGGUUGGUUUGGCUCAACAGUGGUACGAUGAAUUAGAUGAUCUUGCUGCACUGACACCUGAGGAAAAAUUGAGCACAGAGAAGGAAGACAUGAUUUCUGAUGGUGAAGUUCAAGAUGGAAGAAUUUGUAUUAAAAGUGCCAUAAACACAAGCCCAGGGACAUGUGAGGUUAUUAUUAGUGCGGCUAUUUAUCUGAAAUUGAAAAUUCUUUCUACUUCAAUUGAUGAUGAUCGAGAGAAGUAUGCAUCCAGAAUUGCACAUCAUCUAAGUAACAAGAGUGGCAGGAGCAGAAAAGAUCAAUGUCUCCAGCAGCUAUUGACAUCAAACGCAGAUGCCCGAGAUCUAAUUUUUAUGAAGCCUUUAAACGUGAAACUUCUUUUUGAUUGCCUCAACCAUCCAAAAGCAAAAAAUUCGAAAGAUAUCAUUUUAACGAACUCCUCUGUAGAUGUUAAUGUUACCUUAACUUGAGAUUCAAACUUAGAAUUUGAGUCAAGUGAUUGUUGUAACUAACCACUGUUGUAAAAAAUGGUUAUAUUUUUGGUCUUACAGAUGAGGAAUAUAGUGUUUGAAGCUACGGAUUGUUCUA